UCUAGUUUCACUGGUUGCUUGGAGCGGUAGCGCGUAUCUAAAUCAUGAAAUCUAAAUAAUCUUAAAUUAAAAACGUAGUUAAAAUGAAUGUAAAGAGUACGAUAUCAAAAGUGUUCGUAUCAUGUUGCUCUAGUGCCUUUUUGAUGGAAAUUUUGAUGACGAAAGCACCGGAAUGUGCUACUUUAAUAACAUUUUUACAGGGUUUCUUUAUAUCUUUACAAGGUUUUGUAUUCACCACGAAAUUCGGGACGGUAAAGCCCUCAAUACCUAUUAGGCAAUAUGUCAUUUUGGUGGUGCUAUUUUUUAUAACAAAUGUAGCAAACAACUAUGUCUAUUCAUUACAUGUACCAUCUACCCUACACAUGAUCAUUAGAUCAGCAUCAUCACCCGUCAGCAUGAUAGUAUCAUGGUACAUGCUGAACCGCACCCCAAAGACGACUAGAGCUGUGGGCUCUGUCUUCAUCAGUGCCGGAGUAGCAUUGGCGUUGUAUGGUGGCGCUAGUAUAGAGCAGCAGAGAGGCACCUUUAUAUAUUGGUGCAUAGGUGUGGUGAUAUUGUUGGCUACACUGGUAACGGGGGCAUUUACUGGUUUGCAGCAAGAAAUGCUAUAUGUCAAACAUGGAAAACAUCCUGAGGAGAUGCUGUUCUACACGCACGCCUUACCUCUCGUCAUAUUUUUAUUCCUCACACCUCAUCUAUACAAUACAGCACUAACCUUAGAUUCAGAAACUUGGCUUAUCAUAGCCCUGAAUAUAAUAUCCCAAUUUUUCUGCACUCGCUCCGUCCAUCAGCUAGCCACAAAAGAGUCUUCAGUCACAGUGACGUUCAUACUAACUUUAAGAAAAUUUGUAUCACUUAUAUUGUCUUCCAUAGUUUUUAAGAAUAACGUGACCAUUUUACACGUAGCGGGUACAGUGUUGGUUGCUGUCGGUACGUAUGUGUAUUUCGACUUUUUUGUGUGGAAGCAACGGCCUGUUAAAUAUAAGGAAUAGAUUAGGCAAGUCUGAAAUAGAUGGCAUAUAAGGCUGACUAGAAAUAUGUGAUUAUUGCCGAGAGGCUUUUAUUCUCGUGUAUGCGGCUACAGUUGAGUAUAAAGAGAAUAGUUGUAAUUAAAUUCCUCAAAAUAGCCGCUAAAGUGUUUAUACGCCAUCUAUUUCAGCUGGAAUCGAACUAACGGUUUCACCACAAGCAGCUAACUCUGAUCUUUAGACUACACGGUUAUCGUAUUACGGGUCCAACUAAAGGGUAAUUUAUUAGUACCUUUAUCUUUUGAGCUAUUUAUGUCCGUUUAAUAUUUAUUUUGUUAGUAGUGUGAGUAAGUAAAAUCAUAGAUAUAAAUUAUUUGUUCCCUAGGUUAAGUAUUUAUUGAAUAAACUGCUUAGGGUCGGUUGCACCAAACCGUCUUUACGUUCAAAAUCUUUGUAUCACAAUUUCAAUAGACUGCUGCGUCACAUUGACGUGUCUGUUAACGUGGUUGAUGCAACUGGCCCUUAGUGGUGUUUGGUGUUUUGAGCAUGAUCGAAUGUUGUGAAAGACAAACAGAACCUGAUAAAUUUUAGCGCUUACCUACUUUCGAGACUAUUAUUUGUAGUCUUAUUUUUGAAAUAAGAGUGGCAGACAUAGGAAAUUACGUCACUACUUUUAAUAGUUAUUUG